CCGCAGGUGUCCUCCUGCUAUCGGCACUUCAGAUCUCUCUUGUUGACUCGCCCACGGAGAGCCGCCGGCCUUUCUGGUGCUGCUGCGCCUCUCGGGCUUUGCCUCUCAGCUCAUCAAGACACACGAGCUGCGUGCUGCCUUUAAGUUGCCCGCUCACCAUCAAUCACAUCAGUCAUGCCGCGCCAAGUUGACAUUCGUCGCUUCCUGCGGCCUGCCGCGGCAACGCAAAAGGGAGAUCAAGAGCCUCAGCAGCGGCGCGAGGGACAGCCGACAGGUGCAUGAGAUGACGGCAACCACGGCACAGACGAGGUGUGAAAUGCGCUGAUGUUGUUGUCGUGCCGUGUGUGUGUGUGUCAGAUUUCAGCAGCCCGGAGGCUCAGGCGAUCGCCAAUGCCAUUAUCACACAGCGACGACUGGUGAGUCAACGACGCUACGUGAAGCACACACACACAUGGAUGUGUCUGCUUGCUUGUCUUGUCAGGCCGCCCCGCCGCCCAAUGCGUCGCUGUGUGGCGUCCCGCCCGAGAAGCUGGCCCAUGUGUGUGACCACAUGCCAACCCUGGAGGCCAUCCGCCUGGCCCUCCUCAACAAGACCAUGCAGGACACGUGCCGUUCGCCGUUCGUCAUCCGCCACCUGAUCAUCACCCCCACCACCCACCCGAUGUGGCGCAGAGCAUCGCGGGCCGUCCUGCGGCAGCUGCGGGGCCGGCUGACCCGCCUGCAGACGGCUGCCAUCGCCACAGACGCACUCGCGAGGGCCCGAUCAGGACCGGCCGGGCGACGACACCUCCAGUGA